CGCCGCCGGGGGCUCCAUUCCUCCCGGGCAGCGGCGGCUGCAGCCCCCCUGCCCCCGCGCCGCCGCGGCGGACGCCGACACACAAUGCGGGACUAGGCGCGGCGCGGGGGUGCCAGGCGGCGUGGGGGUGCCAGGCGGCGUGGGGGAGGCACGGCCCGCAACUCCGCGCGGGGGGAGCCGGAGCGCCGGGUUUGGGGGCGGGGAGCAGGCGGCGCAGGAGAGCUCCCCGAGUCCCGGCGCGGGAGGAGGAGCGGGAGCCAGCCCUGGAGACUGCGCUCCUGGCCGCACCUGCUCCCGGCAGGCGGCCGGCCCUGCCCUGCCCCUGCCCACGGCCCCUGCCCCGCACCGGUCCGUGUCCCGGGGCCCAGCCCAGCCCCCUGGCUGCCAGCUCUUCACCUGCCCUCCCUGAUCUCUGGUCCUCCGUGGAAGAUGCCUGGCUGAGAUGGGAAGUGUUACAGCCCGGUUCCUGGCAAGGGGACACAUGGAAGCUGCCAGCCCCCCAGCCAAGGAUCACCUGAGUCCUAGGGCUGAUGCUUGCCUACGUUGCUGAGAAUGGCACUGAGGCCCAGCCAACAAAGGUUAUCCUGGGACACUCCUGGACAAAGAUCCUGAUGUCUGUUGUGAGCUGCACACUCAAGGGUGUGAUAACAGCCAGCCCCAGUCGGCGCCAUGGCCUCUGCAGAGCCCCUGACGGCGCUGUCCCGCUGGUACCUGUACGCCAUCCACGGCUACUUCUGCGAGGUGAUGUUCACGGCGGCCUGGGAGUUCGUGGUGAACUUGAACUGGAAGUUCCCAGGGGUCACGAGCGUGUGGGCCCUCUUCAUCUACGGCACCUCCAUCCUCAUCGUGGAGCGCAUGUACCUGCGGCUGCGUGGCCGCUGCCCGCUGCUCCUGCGCUGCCUCAUCUACACGCUCUGGACCUACCUGUGGGAGUUCACCACCGGCUUCAUCCUGCGCCAGUUCAACGCCUGCCCCUGGGACUACUCCCAGUUCGACUUUGACUUCAUGGGCCUCAUCACCCUGGAGUACGCCGUGCCCUGGUUCUGCGGGGCCCUCAUCAUGGAGCAGUUCAUCAUCCGCAACACCCUCCGCCUCCGCUUCGACAAGGACGCUGAACCCGGGGAGCCCAGUGGCGCCCUGGCCCUGGCCAAUGGCCAUGUCAAGACUGACUGAGUAGGAAGCGGGUGGGGGGCCUGGGGAUCUCUCAUGGAACUCAAGGACAAAGAGACCAAGCUGGUGAAGUUGCCCCA